UGCAAUCCAGAAGGCGGGCGGUGGGUGUAGAGUCGGCUGCAGUGACGUCACAAUGCUCGGCUUGGAACGCGAGUGUUUGUUGUGUGUUCUUUGAUCAGCUGUGCUAGAAGCCAGAGUCAAUCAGUCUCGGCAGCCGUAGUUGAGGGAAGCACAGUUUUGCUUUUGGGGCCCUUAGGCAUUUAACCGUCUAUUAGGGAGAAGGAAAACAACCUGGUAUAUCUCUACAAGCCAUGAAGUUCCAGUAUAAGGAAGACCAUCCUUUUGAGUACAGGAAAAAAGAAGGGGAGAAAAUCCGAAAGAAAUACCCAGACCGGGUGCCUGUUAUUGUAGAGAAGGCACCCAAAGCCAGAGUACCUGAUCUGGACAAGAGGAAGUACCUUGUGCCAUCUGACCUCACAGUUGGCCAAUUCUACUUCUUGAUCCGGAAGCGAAUCCAUCUGAGACCAGAGGACGCCCUGUUCUUCUUUGUCAACAAUACUAUCCCUCCUACCAGUGCUACUAUGGGCCAGCUGUAUGAGGAUAAUCAUGAGGAAGAUUAUUUUCUCUAUGUGGCUUACAGUGACGAAAGUGUGUAUGGCAAGUGAACGCCUGAGUGGCUGGCCUUGCAGAUGUGAUGAAUUGAAAGGACUGUUGUGGGAGGGAUUUUGUGUCAGAAGCAAGAAGAGGAAGGAAGAACUGGACAACGAACCACAUACUUCAUGCCGUCAUUUCUUGCAUCUUUAUUAUUAAUAUUUUAUUUAAACAAUGGGGGGAAGUGUGUAGUUUUUUGAAGCGCUUUGAAAGUGGUUGGUGCUUUGUGAUGGAGAGGUACUUUUGCAAAGUCCCCUCACCUCUAACUGGCAUUUCCUUGAGUCCUAAGUGAGCAGAAAGGGGGGGAGAUGUGAAUGGGCAAGAGGCGCCCUAGUGAUAUUAUGGAUGCCUAUUCCAGCCUGGACUGCCAAAGGGAAUUAAUGGUGGUCUGAGCAAAUAGAGGACAUCCUGCCUCAACUGGCCCUUCACUUAGCACCUUAUUUUUAAUUUAUUUCUAGGAUAGUAUACUCUCUCUUUCUCCCCACCAUCUACAUGGAGAAGGCAUAACAUCAGCUCCUGUUUUCUGAAGCCGUUUCUGCCCUUAUUCUGCCCUUUCCCUGGGGCCAGCACACAUGCCUCAGUGGCAUGUGCACUGCAUUCCCCCUUUCUCAUGUAACAUCUUUGGCCCAGUUCAUAUAUUACACUAGCAGCCUGGUAGCUACUUGAAAACAGAACCACGUGGAUGCUAUUCACUGUGAGGAAAGUAGCUUCCGGUGGUUUAACCAAUUUUGGCAGUGACAGCAAACACUCUCUUUCAGGAUGUAACCCAAAGUUGGGCCUAGGCAUCCAGUGCAUAAUAUGCUGUCACCAACUGUACAAAUGUGUUAUAAUGUUAUGGGCCCUCAGUUGUCUGUAAAUGAACUUGUGGGAACAUCACACUACCCAAAACCCCUGCUAUGUUCCUUUACUCACUUCUUGGCUACAUAAUUUCCUAGAUUGUGAUAUUGAGACUGGAAGGACUAAGUGUGUCUCUGUUUUGCUUAUGACUGUACUUGUGUGCUGAGCCAAAAUACAGAGACCAACAUCACGUUUUAUUUAAUGCAUUAUGGAAUUUCACCCCCAGCCUUCCAAUAAGCAUACACCCUGCAGUCCCUUUAAGAAGAGCAUUGUGCUGCUUUUGGGGGGCAGGCGCAGGAGAGAACUGUCUCUCAUGUGCUUCUCCACCCACCACUUGACACACCCAUUUAGUGUCUUGAUUGAAGCCUGAGGAAAAUCUUACCCAAGAUAGGCCUUACGCUGCAAUGCCAAAGCAAUUUCUUUUCAGUGGGACAGAUAGUGGUGUUCCUCUUCUCAUUAAAUUAGUUCUAAAUCAAGGAGGUCAUGAUGAAUUUAGGACACUUUAUGUUAAGGCUGAAUUUAAUUAUAGCAAUGUUUCAUAAUCUUAUAGCAUUGGGGGGUAUUUAGAAGAGAAGCUAAGGAUGGGAAUGUACAAAAUCUGAGACCACGAGAUUAGCUUCCACUUCUCUCUGAUUUCCCCAGCUCAUGGCUUUGAAGUAGCAUUCCUAUAAUAAUAUCUUAAUAUAGCUGUGGAUCCUGUGGAAUAGGACUUCACUGAGUGAUAUCUAAGAUGUCCAGGAUAUGAAGGGAGAAUGUAGAAUUGGAGAGAUACUUUCAGAGCUAAGGGGGCCCUCAAGAUGAGAGUUGCAAGAAGUGUGCUGUUGCUGGCAUGUGCUGUGAUAAUAACCAGGCAGCAAAGGGCAAGAGAGGAUGGCUAGGAUGUCUUAUUUUGUGUCAUCAUUUAAGUUUCAUUGACCAGACCCAGUUUGGAUGCGGCUUUUGUGGUGACUUGUUCUGCUUAGGAUACUAAAGUUCUUCCUCUUCUCUUUGCUCAGUCUCCCUACCUUUCAGGCUGUUCAAGAGUUGCAUUCCAAAUUUUUUCAAGUCAGACAUGUCCAGAACCUUCCAUUUGAGUCGAGGCAUGCUUGGGGCUCCAAUGUGCAUGAGGCUUGUGUUCCUCUGUGCUCACCUGUAUAUUCUUUCACUCACCUACACUCAGGAGAGAGGCAAUGGAUGCUGAAAGAGAGCUUGAGAUACCCCCUACACUGCUGCUGAUUUUUACACAAUGUUAAUGGGACUUCAUCAUACCUGUUUGAUACAUAUGAGGGAUUAUGUUUAAGUGUUUUAUUUUAACUGGAUUGUGGCACUUUUCUUUUUUGCUUUAGUCCAGUUUUGUAAAAGGCAGUGUUUAUUCUUUCUACGUCAUUAAUUCUAGCCAGCUUCAGGUUCUUGUAAGAUAAAAUUUCAUGUUAUAUAAGCUCAAUCAAUAAACACACAUUUGAAAAUCUGA